GUGGUCUGCGCGUGUGGUGACGAGGUGUGGAGAGGCAGGGCUGGAGGUGGGGCCGGGCCGCCCGGGCGUCCAGAAGGGAAGACACCCCCACGGCCGCCCCGCGUCCCCCCCCCCACACCGCACAGCUCCACGGGCUGGACACUAAGAUGGCUGCCGUUGCCAUGACACCCAACCCCGUGCAGACCCUUCAGGAGGAGGCGGUGUGCGCCAUCUGCCUCGAUUACUUCACCGACCCCGUGUCCAUCGGCUGCGGGCACAACUUCUGCCGAGUGUGUGUAACCCAGUUGUGGGGCGGGGAGGAGGAGGAGGAGGACAGGGAUGAGAUAGGGCGGGGGGAGGAGGAGGAGGAGGACGGAGAAGAGGAGGAAGUGGAGGCGGUGGGAGCUGGCGCCGGGUGGGACACCCCCAUGGGGGAGGAAGACUACGAGGGUGACAUGGAGGAGGAGGUCGAGGAAGAGGAGGAGGAGGAUGUGUUUUGGACCAGUGGCGUGGAUGGGCCUAACUGGGACAACAUGGAUUACGUGUGGGAAGAGGAGGAGGAGGAGGAGGACCUAGACUACUACUUAGGGGACAUGGGGGAGGACCUCAGGGGAGGAGAGGAGGAGGAGGAGGAGGAAGAAGUGCUGGAGGAGGAGGAGGAGGAAGAGCUAGACAGCGUGGCCCCGCUGCCGCCGCCGCCUCCAGCCCCGCGGAGGUGCUUCACCUGCCCCCAGUGCCGGAAGAGCUUCCCCCGGCGGAGCUUCCGCCCCAACCUGCAGCUGGCCAACAUGGUGCAGGUGAUCCGGCAGAUGCACCCGACCCCGGUCCGAGGGAGCCGCGUGAGCGAGCAGGGCAUCUGUCCCAAACACCAAGAGGCCCUGAAGCUCUUCUGCGAGGUAGACGAAGAGGCCAUCUGUGUGGUGUGCCGGGAGUCUCGGAGCCACAAGCAGCACAGCGUGGUGCCGCUGGAGGAGGUGGUGCAGGAGUACAAGGCCAAAUUGCAAGGACACCUGGAGCCGCUGAGGAAGCACCUGGAGGUCGUGCAGAAGAUGAAGGCGAAGGAAGAGCGACGGAUGACGGAGCUGAAGAGCCAGAUGAAGUUAGAGCUGGCGGCUGUGGCCUCGGAGUUUGGGCGGCUAACCCGGUUUCUGGCUGAGGAGCAAGCAGGCCUGGAGCGGCGCCUCCGAGAGAUGCAUGAAGCCCAGCUGGGGCGCACCGUUGCCGCAGCCAGCCGCCUCUCGGAACAGGCCACGCAGCUGAGCCGCCUGCUGGCUGAGGCCCAGGAGCGGAGUCAGCAGGGUGGCCUCCGGCUGCUUCAGGACAUCAAGGAGACUUUCAGUAGGUGUGAAGAGGUGCAGCUGCAGCCACCAGAGAUCUGGUCUCCUGACUUGUGUCAGCCCCACAGCCACGACUUCCUGACAGAUGCCAUUGUGAGGAAAAUGAGCCGAAUGUUCUGUCAGGCUGCAAGAGUGGACCUGACGCUGGACCCCGACACAGCUCAUCCAGCCUUGAUGCUGUCCCCUGAUCGCCGUGGUGUCCGGCUGGCAGAAAGGAGGCAGGAGGUUGUCGACCAUCCUAAACGUUUCUCAACUGACUGCUGUGUAUUGGGGGCACAGGGCUUUCGCUCUGGCCGGCACUACUGGGAGGUAGAGGUGGGUGGGCGGAGAGGUUGGGCGGUGGGUGCUGCCCGUGAAUCAACCCAUCAUAGGGAAAAGCUGGGCUCUGGGGGCUCCUCUGUGGGCACUGGGGAUGCCAGCUCCUCACGUCAUCAUCACCGUCGCCGCCGUCUGCACCUGGCCCAACAGCCCCUGCUCCAGCGGGAAGUGUGGUGUGUGGGCACCAACGGUAAACGCUACCAGGCACAAAGCUCAACAGAGCAGACACUGCUGAGCCCAAGUGAGAAACCACGGCGCUUUGGUGUCUACCUGGACUAUGAGGCUGGGCGAUUGGGAUUCUACAAUGCUGAGACUCUAGCCCACGUGCACACUUUCUCGGCUGCCUUCCUAGGCGAGCGCGUCUUCCCUUUUUUCCGGGUGCUUUCCAAGGGUACUCGAAUCAAACUCUGCCCUUGAUCAGCGUGCCACCCGCAGGGGCCCCUCUGGUCAGCACUGGGGGCGUGGGUGGUAACAAGAGGGUGGCCCAUAGGUUUGGAGACUCGAAGGCUCCUCCCACUAUGUCACUGCAUUGCUUCCGGUCCCUUGCUUGUCCUUCUAGGAGCCUUACAGAAUCCUGGCCCUCAGUUCUGCCUCCUCACCUACUGUUUGUCCAACUGGUCUGCAUGGGUUCCUCAUAAUGAGAUCAGCUGUUUGGUCUUCCCCAUUUAGCCCAGUCCAGCUUUGGGAGCCAGUUUUGAGGAGGGGAUGAGAGAUUUACUCCUUAACAUCCUUCUUUUUCAACCUUGAACAAUCCUGAGGCUGCAGUGUUUGGGCAAGUCUUGCAGCAUCCUGAAUGAACUCAAUUUUCUGGUGCAAAUUUAAGCUAUUUUGGGGAGGCAGGCUGGGCAGAAGAGUAGAGCUGGGUAUAGAAGUGCCCACUCUGUUGGGGAAGUAGGAUUCUUUCCUUCCCCAAAUUUCUACCUCCAUAGACCAACCAGAACUUAGCUUCUGUGACAGAUCUGGAAUGGUCAGUAAGAUUCCAACUACCAUUCUACAACCCAGUUAAGUUAUUUUCUCCCCCUUGUUUUCCCAAUAUGCAAGUUGGGAACAGAUCUCCAUGUUUUCCUACCCUUCUCCUAUAGGCCUUCUAGUCCUUUGUUUGCAACUUGUUAGCUUCUACUCCCUCCAUUUGGCAAGCCCUGACAUGCAGGCAGGGAUGGGGGCAGUGGGUUUGGAUCCCUGGAAGAAGAGCCUUGGUAUAAUCUAUUUUUAUAGUAACACCUUGCCUUCUGUCACUUACCAACUUUUGUCCUCUGCUUCGAAGCCUGAGGUCAAUUCAUUUCUUGGGGGUGAAAGGGAAAGUUGUUUGUGUUGCAGAAAUAAAAUGUUUAUUUGCUUCUUUU